AUGAUAAGAUUCGCGGGGUUAGCAAGGCCGCACAAAAGCUGCCAUACGAGCUUGUUGCUGAAACUGCGCGUAAAGUCGCGUCUUAGUUCUACGACACCAGCCAACGCGGCACAGCCCAAAGAGUCUGUCAUCCUCCGCAAUCUUCCUACCAAAUGGAGACCAUAUUUCCUCUUAUCCAGAGCAGACAAGCCAAUCGGAAGCUUCCUGCUAUUCUGGCCAUGUGCAUGGUCUAUCACUCUUGCCUCGAGUGCAACGCAAACGACUCCGACAGAGAUGCUCAAAUACAUCGCACUGUUUGGCACUGGCUCUCUUAUUAUGAGAGGCGCUGGAUGCGUGAUCAACGAUCUCUGGGAUCGUAAACUAGACGCAGCAGUCGAGCGCACAAAGACAAGACCUUUAGCUGCAGGUGAUUUGACUCCCACUCAGGCAGUGGGAUUCUUGGGAUUGCAGUUAUCAGCCGGUCUGGGUAUUCUUACUCAACUGAACGUGUACAGCAUUCUGCUCGGUGCAUCAUCGCUCUCUCUUGUCUCUAUCUACCCCUUCAUGAAGCGUAUCACAUACUGGCCGCAAGCCGUGCUCGGAUUGGCAUUUAACUGGGGUGCUCUACUAGGUUACUCAGCUAUCGCGGGAUCAUGCGCCUGGCAGACUGUACUGCCACUCUACACUGGUGCAUUCUGUUGGACAAUCGUCUAUGACACCAUCUACGCACAUCAAGACAAAACGGACGACGUAUACGCAGGUAUAAAGUCAACGGCGCUUCUCUUUGGCGAGCAGACUAAACCUGCUCUCACACUCUUCUCGGGUGGUUUCGUCGGUCUCAUGUCUGUCGCUGGUUAUGCCGCUGAUGCUACCCUUCCCUUCUAUCUUCUGGCGCCUGGCGGUGCAGCUGUCCACUUAGCAUGGCAACUCAGAACAGUCAAUCUUGAUAACCCCACCGACUGCUGGGCAAAGUUUGUCAGUAAUUCUAAACUGGGUGGUUUCAUUUGGCUAGGUACGCUCGCCGACUACCUUCAUAGAAUGGGUUUCUUCGCUGUUUUCUUUUAG